GUUUGAGCUGCCGGCGGGGCCGGGGGUGCAGCGCGCGGCGGAGGACUGGGACUCUGCGCCUGCUGCGGCGCUGGUGCUGCCGCCGGGGGUGUCGGACUCCCCGGUGACGUGCAUGCUGGUGGACCCGGCGGGGGGGAGCAUGUGGACGGGCCACAAGGACGGCAAGGUGGUGCGCUGGAGCGUGUGGCCGGGGCGAGUGGCCUCGUACGAGCACCACUGGAAGGCUCACAACCGCAGCAAGGUGACCUGUCUGGCGCUGACCCCCUGGGGCGAGCUGUGGACGGGCUCCGCGGCGGGCUCGCUCAAGGUGUGGCAGUACCUCACGGGGACAGCAGCCUCACGCCCGCCCGACCGGCUGCUCGAGUGCCGCCGCUCGCGCCUCACGCUCGGCCCCGCGGCCCGCGCCUCCGCUGCACGCGCCCACAGCAAGGUGCGGCUGCUGGCGGUGGGGCCCGGCGGCCGGGUGGUGUGGUCGGCGGGGCGCACGGGGCUGGUGCUGUGGGGCGCAUACGACGGGGAGUUCUUGGGCACGCUGACGCCGGGGCAGGGGGCGGCGCAGCAGCAGCCGGGGGGAGGCUACGAGGGCGGCAGGACGGGGGGGCUGGGGGCGUACGCGGGCGAGACGGGCGCCGGCGGCUUCAUGCUGAAUGGCGGCGUGCUGGAGGGCGCGGAGAUCAACCCGCAGACGGGCCUUGAGAGCGGGCUGGUGAGCCGCCCCUUCGUGCGCCGCGCCGACCCGGAGCGCUGCGAGGACCCCGAGGCGCCCGAGGUGCCGGUGCCGGCGCAGGUGUUCAAGGGGCUGGCGGGGGCGGCCAAGUUCGCAGCCAAGCUGGGCAAGAAGAUACGACAGAACUUCGCGGGCGAGGCCCCCGGGGGCGGCUCCGACGCCUCGGGGCUGGGCGGCGGCGCGGACCUGUCGGGGGCCCCCGCGGGUGGUGCGGGUGCGGGCAAGGUUGUGGCGCUGGUGGCGGGGGUGGACGGGGCGGUGGUGGUGGCCUACCAGCGGGGGCUGCUGGAGAAGUACACCGAGUGGGGCAGGCUGCUCUGGAGUCGUGACUACGGUCGCGGCGUGCGGCUGCACAGCGCCGCGCUGGUGGGCUGCCUGCUGUGGCUGGGAUGCGGCGACGGAGUCAUCCGCACCGCCGCCGCCGCCUCGGGGGAGCCCGGCAGGUGCUGGAAGGCGCACGACUUCCCCGUGGUGGGCCUGGCGCACGACGCGGCGGGCGGCGGCGGCAGCGGGCUGGUGUACAGCCUGUCGGAGAACGGCAGCGUGCGGGCCUGGCCGGCGGUGCCGCCGGGGGAGGCGGAGCUAUUGGCAUGGAGGGACGGUCUGCUGCCCAGUCUGCGGCGGCAGCCCCUGGUGGUGCUGGCAGCCACCUGGAACGUCAACGAGACGCGACCCGCGCCGCAGUCGCUGCGCACCUGGCUGACACCCCGGGCGGUGGGGGCGGAGAUCGUGUGUGUGGCGCUGCAGGAGGUGGAGAUGGGCACCAGCAGUGUGGCGCGGGAUGCGGCCAUAACGCUCAUCUCCAAGUCCAUGCUGGAGCGCGGCAACCAGAACGCGCAGUGGUGGUCCGCCGAGCUGGCCGCCGCGCUGGGCGACACGGGGCAGUGCUGGGUGCGGGUGGCGCUGCGGCAGAUGUCGGGGCUGGUGGCGGUGGUGUUCUGCCGGGCGGAGCUGCAGCAGCACGUGGGGGAGGUGGCGACGGCCAACGUGGCGUGCGGGGUGAUGGGGGUGGGCGGCAACAAGGGAGCGGUGGCGGUGUCCAUGUCGGUGUUCAGGCGCCGCGUCAUGUUCGUGUGCUCCCACUUCGCAGCGCACCAGGAGCGAGUGGACGAGCGAAACGACAACUACAACAAAAUCGUUCGCACACUGCACUUUGACAACACCAGCAAGGUGGCGCAACAGCAGCAACAACAACAACAACAACUACCCUCCACUGAAGGCGGCGCUGCUGACUACGGCGGCAGCACCACAGCGGACCUCUCCGACCCGGACUCCACCACCCCCACCACUACCACACCCUCCCAGGACGCCCCAGAGGACGACGGACACGGUCCCGGGCUGUCUGACGCGGCGCUGCUGGUGUGGGCGGGCGACUUCAACUACCGAAUCAACGGUGGCUACAGGGAGGUGGUGGAGGCGGCGCGCGCGGGGGAGCUGGCGGCGCUGUUUGCGCGCGACCAGUGCCGUGCCGAGAUGGAGAAGGGCGUCAUCUUCCGGGGCCUGCGGGAGCCGCUGCUGCUGGGGCAUCCCGUGUUCGUGCCCACCUACAAGUUUGAUAAGCCCAAGCCCGGGGGCGAGAUGGUGGCAGGAGGAGGAGUGGGUGCUGGUGGUGGUGGCAGUGGAGGCGGAGGCAGGGGCGGGGCAGGGCAGCGGCUGGAGUUGCAGUACGACACGAGUGAGAAGCAGCGAGUGCCCGCGUGGACGGAUCGCAUCUUCUACCGCGGCUCUCGGCCUGGAGGCCUCGACGUGGCGGAGGAGGAGGUGCAGGUGAGCCUGGCGCGCCCCGAGCACUACAACUGCGUGCUGGAGGUGCAGGACUCGGACCACAAGCCCGUGUACGCGCUGCUGCAGGUGCAGCUGCCGGCGUACAAGCAGGACCAAAAGCGGCGGCACAGCCUGGCCUCCGCCUUCGCCGUACACCACGCCGCACUGGCGGGGCCCGCUGCCGGUGCUGCUGCUGCGCCGCCUGCUGCCAGCCCCGUGCAGGCCUCCACCUCGCUCCUGCAGGUCCGCAUGAACGGCGGCGCCUUCAUCGACCUGCGCAACAGCAGCGCCGCCGCCUUCCUGGUCACUGUCGCAGCAGAGCGGCCGGCAGCUGGGGCGCCCGGCGGGCGGGCCGCGGCGGCGCCCGGACCCUUGCCCAGCUGGCUUGAAGUCAGCCCCACCACCUUCGCGCUGCCAGCCUGCGAGGAAGCGGGCGGGGAGGCAGAGGGAGCAGACGCGGCGCAUGGGAGGGCGCGGGUGUUGGUGCGGGUGCUAGGAGGGGACAGCCACCGGCUGCCGGAGCCCGUGCGGCUGCACUUCAGCUUGCGGCCGCUGUGGGGUUUGCAAACGCGCGUGGGUGCGGCGGGACCCACGGUGACCGUGGCCCUGACGCAUGAGGUGGUCAGAAGUUAGGGGGGUUGGGAGGGCUGCGGCGCGCACCGUUGCGUGGAUCCUGCAGUUUUGGCUUGGUGGGGUUCAGGGUUGCUGGGAGCAGUCGAAACACUGUGAGCGAUCUGUUUGGGAUUCCAUGCUAGGAUGCUACUACUACCACCAGCAAGGUGUGCGGCGUGGGUGUGUUUUAAAGGUGGGGGUGCGCUGUUUUGUCGUGUGUGAUACUAAGGGCUUGAGUUGAGAGGUGACAUAGGUGUGGCUGUAGAGUCAGGCCACAACGUGCGGCUGAUAUGGUGUUGAGCGCUGGAGCGUGUGAGAGACCGCAGGUAUCGCACGGGAGUGGGAGAAAGCGGUGCAAAAGCGGUUCCAGGCACAGAACAGAGCGGCUGGCAUCCGCAUAUUGCGCUUUGGGGGAUUGCUACCGUAUCUAAACUGAGGAGGGAUGUAUCACCCGGGUACUUGGUAGCCUUACUUGGCUCGUGACGAGUUGGGACCGUUCUACUGACCAAAGGCACUCGAUUGGUGACGGCUCAGGUCGGCUGUAUGACUUCCUUCAUAGUCAGGGUGUAUCGCCUGGGUGUAGGGGCUAGGCAUGUGAGGAUACUUCCGGUAUGGUUGUCCGCUCAACGCGUCGUUUGUAGCGUUCAUGUCGGGACCAUACACUGGUGCGAUGCAAGGAGUGUAAGGGU